UAACAACACCAGUUCCAAAAACUUCCAGAAAAAGAGUCAUAUCAGACGCCGAGAUGGAGUUGCAGAAGACAUCAACAACGAUGAUGAUUGUGGUGGUGGGCCUCUCUCUAUUUCUCUUGUUAUCACGUGCAUCGGCAUGGACAGGUGAAAUCCAUGGGAGAGUGGUUUGUGAUGUAUGUGGAGAUUCAUACAUAGGACCUGAAGAUCAUGCCCUUGAAGGUGCAGAGGUAGCCGUUCUUUGCAUAACAAAAUCCAUGGAGGUCCUCAACUAUCAGGCCUUCACGGAUGCGAAAGGGAUAUACACAGUAGCAGAGACAAUGCCCGAAAGCAACCGGUGGGAUGCGUGCCUUGCAAGGCCCAUCAGUAGCUUCCAUGAUCGCUGCACCCGGCAGGGGAACGGCAGCUCAGGAAUCAAGUUCAAUUACAACCUUCCAUCAGGUUAUUCUCACACAGUGAGACCUUUCCUCUAUAAGCCUGCCAAUGUUCCAAGGUACUGCAUGUGAAUCUUAGUCUUUAUAUGUAAUGUUGUAGUAGAAAUUUAGGACCCGUUUGGAUGCAACCUUCAAAGGGGUUUGAGAGCCAAAUCGGGUUUUUAAUGUGCGUUUGGAUGCACUUUGCAAACCCCUGUUUCACUAUCCGCUUGAGCAAAAUAGGUGCUAAAAUCCCAACAACCUGAAAUACAGGCUCAAAAACCCUUUUUUCAGAAGACCAUCCAAACAGGCCCUUAGGCUGUUGUGUUUUGUAUAUUUUAGCAAGAAAUGAAGGAAAGAUUGGGAGUGUGUUUGUUGGAAAAUUCUUGAAAGCUUGAAAUUUAUAUAACAAAGAUAUUGGUGAA